GUAUCGACAGAGCUCUCCCCUGCCCAGAGUCUCGCUGAUAGUGUUGCCAUUGUAGAUUCGGCAUCCAUCUUUCGGGGCGCUUUCCUUGACCCGCGUUCGUCUGCUGUUUACGGUGUGUUCCUCUUUGUAGGAGCCUACGGCCUCGGAUUCAUACGAGCUGUUCGUCCCAAGCUUACUCUCGGAUGUGUGUUUGCGACCAUCAUCUUGGAUUGCGAGUUCAUUCUCCUAUCACAACUACCAGUGAUGUGCACAAUCGGUCCCCUGUUCCCAAAUGAACAAUACACGCUGGCAAAACAAUUGGCAUUACCAGCCGCUUGCUUCUUUGCCAUAGCGAUCGCCUCAGUCAUUCUAAUCUUCCCUCAAACCCUCAACCACAUCGUCCUCAACGCUUUUACCAAGACCAUCAUCGCUCCCUGUAUCGAGCUCCUCGACCUGCAGGAUCAAGUCCUUCGGACCUCGCCUUCUGACAAGUCCAAAUGGGCAGAACUGGCUGACAAGACGUACGCUAUCAGAGAUAAGCACGUAUCGGCUAUAACUGCACUGCAGGAGCAGAUUGGGAUGCUACAGCUAGAAAUCACUCGAGGGCAAAUUGGGCCCACAGAUACGGAGAGGAUAUUUGUCAAGUCGAAGGAUCUCGGGGCCAGGCUGUAUAGCAUUACCAGUUUUGUUAUGUUGAUACAAGAACAACGCCGGUCCGAUGAAGAGGACAAAGAAGCUACCGAUCCCCAUCCCCACCAUCACACCAAGAAACACGUUGAGCGACUUCGACAACUCACGGAACCAGCUAAAAGUCUUGAAGGGUUACUGCCCGUGUUGGCAGACUCUAGCGCAGACCUGCGGGGGAGCUCAAUCAAAGCUCUGAGGGAUAUCAGCGACUGGCUCUUCCUCGUCAACCACACACGAUGGAAAAAAGUUCCGGCCGACUCCCCUCCUAUUACACAAAGAGAAGAAAAUCUGGCAAAUCUCAAGCGGGCGUUGCAAGAGUUUAGAGUCUCAAAGCAAUUUGCCUUAUUGGAGCCAUUUAGUGGCCUUUUCGAUCCCGACACGGGUGCUCUCAAAAGCGGCAUGCUGCGUUCUUUCAGACUCACCGGUCACGACCUUUCCCGGGCUUUGGUGUUGACAGCAACAAUCGUCCCCUUUGCCCUGUCACUCAUUGCGCUGCUCGAACUACUGUUGGAGAUUGAGCGAGCCAAUCCGAAGGCCAAGAUCCAAUUCCCCAAAAGAUUUGCAAAAAUGCUACUCAAAACAGCCAAUGACAAGAACGGAAACCCAAACCCUCUGGAUAUGGGACUGAAGGAUACAGAUGCCGCCACAGAAGAGGAAAGGGGCCGUGUGUCCCCGGAAGAGGACGACGACAGUGACGAUGAAGACCAGAAGCAUACAAAGCCAACCAAGAAGCAAAAGUCGAAGAAGACCUACGCCAAAGACCCUGACGCCAGGGACCCUCGUAAUUCUCUGCAACAUUUCGGACGGCACGUCUACACUCUCUGGCAAGGGCUCUCUGGUACUUCUGGGGUAUUUGCUCUCAAGUAUGCACUCGUCUCUGUCGCUCUGUUUGUGCCUUCCGUGUGCCCUAGCUCGGCGCACUUCUACUACGUCAAUAGAGGGCUGUGGGCCCUGAUCAUGUCGCAGACUGGAUUGGGCGUUUUCACGGGAGAGCAGAUCAACGCAUUCAUUCUACGAAUGUCUGGAACUGUUGCUGGUCUUGUGAUCGGUAUGUUGGCAUGGUAUAUUGGGUCUGGUCAUGGCAACGGGAACCCCUACGGUGUUACUGCGGCGACAAUGGUCCUCAUUGCACCCUUUUUGUUUAUACGAAUAGCUGCUCCGCUUUCAAAGGCUGUCUUCUUCCUCAUGGCCAACGUGACGGUGAUGUUGGUCGUUGGCUAUUCGUGGAUUGACGGGCAUAUCUAUACUACGGCAAGCCAGGGUGUCGGCGCAGCCCUCGCCGGCCGACGUGCGCUUCUCGUCAUCAUUGGGUUCACUGCAGCAUUCAUUUGUAUGCUCUUCCCUCGUCCCACCUCUGCCCGAGCCCUUUUCCGCCGUCGCCUUGCCAAAAACAUGAGAGAUAUAUCGGAAUUAUAUGGGGAGGUAGUGACUGGUAUUGAAGACGAGGUGGAUGCAGCCGAGUGGGGGACGGCAGUGGAUGAAAAUGGACGACGGGAAAGAUAUAAGGGCAAGUUCAUGCACAUCCUUGGGCGAAUGGAAGCCAUGAAAGUUCACAUGAUGUAUGCGUCACUGGAGAUCGGGUUGAAGGGUCCCUGGCCAAAGGAGACAUACUCAAAAUUGUACAAGGUACAAAACGAGAUCUUGGUCACACUCGCCCUGUUGUCUUCGGCUUACUCUCGCUUGGAAGUGGUUUGGUGUAAGCGCCUAGCCACUCGAAGUCUGUUCAUGCACCCUGCCUUUAUCGGCGAUUGCUUAAUGCUCUUCUCUGCCCUUCAACAAUCCCUCAAAACAGGUGAACCCCUGCCUCCUAUGCUCCCCAUAUUUGAACGGCUGGCGAUGCAUGAGAGUGCUGGGCGGACUAUCAGAAGGCAGUGGAUGAGUAGUACGACGGAGACCGACCUGGAGAGCGAGGCUUUUGUCAACCGGGUAGAUGGUGAAAGUGAAGGUGUGAACGAAGUGCAGAAGCGAAAGGGCAGCCAUCGUGCAGACAGGGUGUCCGAAGAAGGGGCUACCCUGUCAGGAUCUGUCUUGGAGUCUGACAAUGCUGCCAAGGUCAUGGCUGGGCUCAUCACGUGGGAGAAUUGCAAUAGUGAGCAAUUUACCCUUUGUGCUACCUCCAGUACCUCUCUGGUGCACAUUACGAUAUGUUUGAACAAAAUGUAUCUGAUCGUGCGCGAGCUGGUGGGAGAGAGGGACUUGGGUGGACUGGAUAGAGCUUCGGCGCGAUGGGCGGAUAUGGACCCAGAGACGUAG